GUACCUCAGUUUUCACAAGCUCGCAGGAGUGCGAAGAUGGCGGUUGGCCCCGACCCGCUGGAUGAACUCUUUUUACUGACAGGGGUAAAUAAAGCGGUGGUUAGUCAUCCUGCACGGUCUGUAGAGUCACAGCUGUUGUUCUUGUGUCAUAACAACCAUUGGGGCAGGCACGAAGCAGCCCGUAAUUACAUGCUUAUAGUUCCGCGACAAGGGGGUAGCUCGAGCUAAUGUCCAACAGGGACUUGGUCAAGACGAUUGCUAAAGCAGGUACGCUGUAACUACUAAUGUUGUUUUAGCCUUUAUCGCUCCGAGUACACCCGGAAAGGAAACGCCGACAAAGAGAAACAGUGGAUGUGCCAUAGUCUUGCCCCAUCACAUUCAAGCUCGUGUCUGCUCCUUGUUAAAUAAGUUAAGUGCAUUGGGGGGGUCUCCUCUUAACGAGCUCCCCAUGGUUGAGCUAUGGACGCAUCGACAUCCAGCAUCGACUCUACCACGGAACACGAGUCGGGCAAAACACUUGUUGUCAGCGACGGUGUAACUUUUCUCCCCAACCACCCGGGGAAAGUGGGCUCCUACUCGGUGCCGACUUUUAACGGGAGCCAAACUAUGAACUCUCACAAUUCAGGAAGCGCUUCCCCUCUCGAGGGGACGACCGCGACGAGCGGCACGGGUACCGGCAACGCCGCUGUCAACAGUGGGCCAGUGUUGUCCAAAGGGCUGGUCAGCGUCACAAUGCCCCCUUCGUCCAACAGUGUGAUUCAGACGCCGCUGGUGAACCCGGGGAGCGCUGUUGCUGCCGGGGCUCCGUCCGUGAGCCCGGCGGCGGGAGCCACCGUGACACUAAUCAGGCAAACCGCCGGGUCAGGUGCGACUCUCAACGGGAACAAUACCGUGAGCCCGUCCCUGGCCGCCAAUACAACCACAGACCCGACAGGUGUUGGCUUACAGAGCCCAAUGGUCAACAAUGGCCAGCCGGGCAGCUCUGUGGCGGUCAGUGCAGCAGUGUCUCACGUCAUUAAGGCAGAGCCGCCUACAACGAUCAUACACUCAGCGCCUCAGUCUGCGGGGGCCCCCGGGGUAGACACUUCUCCCAGACCCCCUGUGAUGGCAGCUGGAGGGAUCCGAGCCCUGACCCCUCACAUGUUGGCUCCAAGACUCCCUCAGGCCUCCCCGGGCCAGCCUAGUGUGCACAACAUCCAGUUACCCCCGGGGAUGGUGCUGGUACGCAGUGACAGCGGGCAGCUGCUGAUGAUUCCUCAGCAGGCUCUUGCUCAAAUGCAAGCCCAGGCUCAGGCGCCACGGACAGCCGCACCAACAACCGUAGUUCCAGGCCAGGCCCCCGGUGGCACAAUAAUCAGCAGGCAAAUGCCUCCGAGCACCAUAAUCCGACAAGGCGUUCCAACCACAACGCCACUCACUGCGACCACAACUCUUCACAGAGCUCCCAUCCUUCAGAGCUCAGUUGGAGCCACGGUACCAGGGAUGGCCCCGAGGACACUCGGCCAAACAGCUGGGACCACAGUUACCUCAGUAACUCUGAGCAAAGAGACGAUAGAGAAUGUGAAAAAAUGUAAGAACUUCCUGUCUACACUGAUCAAACUGGCAUCCAGUGAGAAACAGUCCACAGAGACUGCAGCUAGUGUGAGAGAGCUGGUCAAGGACCUGCUGGAGGGCAAGCUGGAAGCUGAAGAAUUCACCAGCAGAUUGUACAAAGAGCUCAAGUCCUCACCCCAACCCUACCUUGUGCCUUUCCUCAAGCGAAGCCUGCCUGCCUUGAGGCAGCUCACCCCAGACUCUGCAGCGUUCAUCCAGCAGAGUCAGCUCCCUCAGCCAGCCUCAGGUCCAGUGUCCUCCACCUCACCCGCCUCCACCACCGUGGUCCUGGGCAGCCCGGCCCCUCGCCUCACUGCCCCUGUCAGUAGGCCCCAGCUCCUGCCAACUGUUAACAAACCAGGACAGACAACCUCAGUGGUUCUUCACUCUCAACAGCCAAGACCAAUUUUGAGACCUCAGGUACCCCUAACGACGACCCCCGUUAUGACACUGAGGAGUCCGGCCCCUGGUCGCAUUGGACUGCUUGGGCAGCAGCAGGUCCAGCUCAAAGAGCUGCAGCACGUUCCCCUGAGACCAGAGGGGCCACUCCUUUCUAAACAGGUCUCUGCUGCGGCUUUGACUCCGGGUCAAAAGAACAAGCAGAAAGAGGCGGGUGGCACUUUCAAAGAUGAUGAUGACAUCAAUGACGUGGCCUCCAUGGCUGGAGUGAACCUGUCAGAGGAGAGUGCAAAUAUCCUGGCCACUAAUUCUGGACUCGUCGGCGCAGUGAUGCAUUCCUGUAAGGACGAAGCCUUCCUCUCCUGCGCACUUCUGCAGAGGAGAAUGCUGGAAAUAGGAAAGAGGUAUGGCGUCACAGACCUGGGAGCGGAGGUGGUGAACUGCGUCUCCCAUGCCACUCAACAACGACUUCAGAACCUGCUGGAAAACGUCACUCUAGUAGCCCAACAUAAAAACAUAAGUUUCAAGGAGGGUGACCACCACGAGCAGAGCAGUGAUGUCCGCGCUCAGCUGAAGUUCUUCGAACAGCUGGACCAGCUAGAGAAGCAGCGGAAGGAAGAACAGGAGAGAGAGAUCCUCCUGAAGGCAGCUAAGUCUCGAGCGCGGCAGGAGGAUCCAGAGCAGCUGCGUCUGAAGCAAAAGGCAAAAGAGAUGCAGCAGCAGGAGCUGGCUCAGAUGAGACAGAGGGAGGCCAACCUGACGGCUCUGGCAGCCAUCGGCCCCCGGAAGAAAAAAAGGAAUCUGGACUCUCCAUCCUCUUCUGCUUCAGCUGAGGGGUCGGGAACAGGUUCCUCGUUGAUGGGCGGGGCUGGCUCCUCGGGCUCCAGACCCACACGGCAGCGCAUCACACGCGUCAAUCUCAGGGACCUGCUCUUCUGUUUGGAGAACGAGAGAUUUACCAGCCGCUCACAUUUCCUCUACAAGGGCUUCCUCAAGUAGGCUUGAUGUCAGUGCAGGGAAGGAGGAGAGAGGAAAAGAGAGGGAACGUUUUGUGUGUGGAGAGACCGAACACUCCCAACAAAAAGAGUAUGCCUUAGUAAGAGACCCAAAUAGGUAAGAAGAAGAGAACAUCAGUUUGGAGCAUUUAAAGGUUUUUUUUUUUUACACCUUGAAUACAAUCAUAGCCAUAAUGGAAGGCCUCUCUACCUCCCUCCUCAAAUAAUGCCUUUUCCCAUCAGAGCACUCAUAGACAAAUGGCCCUUUAUCUACCCUGUUCCACUUCUUUUUUUGAAGAUGGUGUAAAAUGGAUCAUAUGUUUUAUGAGGAAGGUUUCUUAUUGAACAAACCACAUGUAGUUGUGCUCUAGUACAGUUUAUUUUCUGUAUUCAAUGUGCACAUUGUGCUUUAAAGCAAUCUUCUUUUAUGAGAUCUCAUAAUUUGUUUUUCUGUCAUAAAAUGUAUCUUUUCUCAGCUAAAUCAGUUUGAACUCCAAACUGUGUUACCUACUGAGUUGCCUUCCUAACUAUGAAUAAGCCAUACGACCAUCCAUGAAAAAUUAACCCUGCUGUAAAUCAUAAAGCCGUAGCUCACUCUGUCAUCUCCAUUACUUUACUUGAUUUAUUUUAAGCAGUAUUUAUUUGCUAAAUACAAACUUAAAUGAAUGUUUAGUUAUUUAUUUAAUGUCCUGUGACGCCUCAGUUGUCUCGUGUUGUUCAGAUUCAGAACAGUGUGCAUUUCCCUGCACAUCACUUGUUUAAGAUUGAUUUUAGUUUUCAGUGUGAGACUUUUCUUUUUUUUUAAUCUGUCAGUUUUUGUCUUUGAAAUUACAUUAACAUUCAUCAAUAAUUUAAAGCAGGUUUUUGAUGGCUUCUAACGUUUGUUGCUAUACCAAACAUGCUUUUAAGCUAAACUCUAUUUUUGUAGCUUCCCUACCCGCAUUUUUACUCUUCUAAUGGUGACUGAUAGCAGUUGUGGCUUUAGCUGCUUAUAUUUUAGUCUGCUACUGGACAGCCCUUUAGGUUUUUAAUGCGUUUCUUCCUGUAUAUUUGUAAAUGUUUCACUUAAAGUUUUACAUAGCCUUUUGUAUAGAAUUGAGAUUUAAGCAUACUGCAUCAAAGAAAUUACAUUUUCUGUAUUGAAAAGUUUUAAUAAAUAAUGAUUUU